GUUGCAUGCAAGGAUCCUCAGCUUAUCCGUGCUGCUGCAUUGCUGCUGCCAGUGCUGCUGCGGUCGGUCUCUUUGCUGAAGCCUCCCUGCAGCAAUAGGCGAGCUGCUGCUGCUGCUGCUGCUGCUGCGGAUUCUGCUGCUGUUGCAGCAACAGCAGCAGCAACAACAAUGCGGCCUCCGCAGCUGCAGCAGGAUGCAGAGGCACUCUUACAAACUGCGGUUUUAGAAGCAGCAGCAGCAGCAGCACCUGGUGCUGCUGCUGCUGCUGCUGCUGCUGCUGCUAGCAGGCGCAUGCGUCUAUGGCUGCUGCGGCAGCAGGUGUGGGGUCUAGCAGCAGACUGCAUAAAGACAGUGGAGAUGCAGCAGGAGACAAACCACCUGCGCCCGCUGCUGCUGCACUCAUUGCUUACUGAGAUUAUUUUAUCGCAGCGUAUUAUUGCUGCUAGACAAGCAGCAGCAGCAGCAGCAGCAAUGCCUGUUGCUGCUGCUGCUGCUGCUGCUGAGACAGCCCAGAAAGCCGCAGGCAGGAGGAAGCGCAGCCGUUAUUCCCAUGCAGCAGCUGCAGCAGGACCUGCAGCAGCAGCAGCAAUAGCAAGAGACACUGCUGCUGCUACAGCAUAUCAAAUGCAGCAGCAGCAGCAGCAGCACCUAGCUGAAGAAGGAGCUUAUCCAGCUGCUGUCUUGCGAGUGGCUGUCAUGGCGCUGCUUCGUUCUUUCAGCAGCCGCAGCAGCAGCAGCAGCAGCAGCAGCAGCAACAGCAGCAGCAGCAAGUUGGCUGACAUGUGGAAGUGCGUCUCCUUCGCGCUGCAGCAGGAGACACGCAAAGCAGCAGCAGCAUGCAUUGGAAGCAGCAGCAUCUUAUCGCUGUCUUCCUCUGCUGCUGUUGCUGCACCUGCUGCUGCUGCAGCAUCAGAAGCAGUAGCAACAGCAGCAACAGCAGCAGCAACAACACCGGACGCACACUAUGCAGAAGCACGAACAACUGCAAACACAGCAGCAGCAACUGCAGCACCAACGCCUGCUGCUCCUGCUUCUGCAUCUGCUGCUGUUGCUGCAUCUACGGCUGCUGCCGCUGCUGCACCUGCUUCUGCUGCUGCAGCAUCAGCAGCAGCAGCGGAUGAAGAGGACGUUUACGCCCGGCGUGUUUCGCUGCUGAAGGGUUUGCUGCUGCAGCACGUCUGUCUGGAGGGAGAUGCUGCAGCAGCAGCAGCAGCAUCAGGUUUGCUGCUGCCGCUGCUGCCACGCUGGUGGCUGUCUCCUUUUGGGGCCCUCUGCACUCUUCCCUUAUCUCGAGUAUUUAAGCUGCUCCCCACAAGCAGCAGCAGCAGCAGCAGCAGCAGCAGCAGCAGCAGCAGCAGCAGCAGCAGCAGUAGGGGCCCCAGUGAGAAGGUCCUUCGCUGCAGCAAACUCAGAAGGAGACAGCGCAGCAAUGCUGUGCUGCCGGCUACUGCAGGAGCAGCAGCAACGGCACCAGCAACAGCAGCAGCAGUAGCUGCUACUGCUGCUGCUGCUGCAGCACCAACUGCAGCAGCAACAGAAAGCAAUGGGGCAGUGGCCCGCCAGCUGCUGCUGUCUGAGGCAGCAGCAGCAGCAGCAGCGUCGUCAAUACGCAAUGACGAGCUGCUGCGGCUGCUGCAGGUACUGCGGCAGCAGCAACGAUCCAGCCCUCCACAGCAACAGCAGCAGCAACAGCAGCAGCAGCAGCAGCAGCACGAGGAGGAAGAGGAGAAGUUGCAGCAGCGCAUGAUAGCAGCAGACGAAGGCGUUGAGUCAGAAGGCUGCAGCACAGCAGCAGCACCAGCAGCAGCACCACCACCAGCAGCAAGGGGAGCAGCAGCAGCAGCAACAGCAGCAGCAGCAGCAGCAGGAAGCAGGGGCUCGUUUAGUGUGAGCUGCAUCCGCAGCAGCAUUUUGAAUUCCUUAACUUGGCGAUCUCCUCUGUUUACUGCUGAAGAUGUUCAUAAGAUUGCUUUUGCUGCUGCUGCUGCUGCUGCUCCUGAUCUCUCUGUCUGUGCGGCGCAGCACUUAGCUUCCAGGGCCCUUUACUUUUCUCUGCCCCGUGCUGCUGCAUUGGCGCAGCAAGUUGCUGCUGCUACUGCGGCAGAUGCUGCUGCAGCUGCUGCAGCUGCUGCUGCUGCUGCUGCUGCACCAACAACCGACGCACCAAACACUCCAGAAACAGCAGCAGCAGCAACAGCAGCAGCAGCAACAGCAGCAGAAGCAGCAGCACGAGCUGCUGACCGUGCUGCAUGGGUCUUCGCGGCAACAACAGAGACACUGGGGGAGGAAGCUGCUGCUGCUGCUGUUGCAGCAGCAGCAAAGGAGGCUGCUGCAGCAGACAGGGGGGCACAACUGCUGCAGCUGCUGCAGCUGUUGCAUGCGCUGCUGUUGGUGGAAGCAAAACUUGAGGUGUAUACGCAGCGCCUCAUUGACGCGAUUGCAGUUGCUGUCUCCUCUGCUGCGGCGACACGAGCCACCCCAGCAGCAGCAGCAGCAGCAG